AUGGAUACAAAAUGUGUGCAUGCAUGCAUGCGUUCACAUAUACUUGUUUUACCUCCUUUUUUUUUUUUUUUUGUUUCUUUCUUUUUUUUUCUUUUGGUUGGGGAUUUUUAUUUGAUCCCACGUGGUGGGUGGUGGGGUGUUUGUGUGCACACACGAACAUACACGCACAAAAAAACAAAACAAAGGAGGAGGCACCACUCACUCUCUGCUGGUGGGUGGCGCGGGAAGAUGCAACCUGUCCACACGGUCAGGACGUCUGACGAGGAUGACACCUAUGUUCUUGACGGUUGCGUCUGCAACGAUGGCUCCUCAUUGUGUCUUUCCGUUUCCGACCACACAAUCCGAUGCUACGACACCCACACCGCGACUUUUCUCUUUACUCUCACGGGGCACACAUGCGCCAUCAAAGACGUGACGACGUCAGCAUCCCAGGCAACGGUCCUGUACUCCUCGCAGGAGGAUACAGGGGUUAUGAUUUCAGACAUGCGGCAGGUGAAUCCUGCGCACUUCCUGAGCGAGUUCUGCGGGAAAGGGGCGACGGGUGGCACAGUCGGCGUGACCCCCAAUGGCCGCUUUCUCGGUGUUGCCGUGAAUGGCGACACACACAUCGUGGACACGCGCAUGUGGCAUACGACGCAUGUCAUAGCAAAUAUGCACUUGGACGAAAUUACUCGACUCCGUUUUCUCGAUGACACGGUGUACUGCUCGGCGGGGGAGGAUCAAAUGAUCAACUUCAUUGACUCCGCCUCUGAAGUUGCAGAGAACGACAUGCUUCUGCAGGCGAUUUCCUGUGGGGAGGUUGUGACGAAGAUGACGGCGUUUUCGCAUCUUGGCGUCUUGGGGCUUGUUGGCUCCUGCGAGAAUGCAUACCUCUUCCCCUUUGACUUGCAGGAGAAGGAGGUACGCUACCCGCGCCCCGACCAGGCAACAUAUCUUGUGGAAAUGUGCGUUCUCGCUGGGCAACCGUACCUAGUACGUGGGGUGCGAGACGACGACGGGAAUGUCGGGCCGCUUUCUCUCAUGAAUUGGGCCACCCGUGAUGUGACGCAGCUGGCGCCUGUGCACCGAGAGACCUGCCGCAUGGCCAUUGGCGUCGGUGAAUGUCUCGUCACCGGCGGUGAGGACGGUCUGGUGGCCUUCUGGCGCACAAAUGACACGGCGGGUGCCGUGACCGCGACGACGCUUACGGAUGCUGCUGCGUUAGGGCGGGGGGUGAUGAAAUCACGCCAUCACGUGACGAGACCGCUGCGGUCAAUGCCGUACGCAAAAUAA